AUGACAGGGUUUCCUGAAGUACCUAGAUUUCGAGGUGAUACUGAUGAAGACGCAUCAAUUCAUUUAUAUAAUACUGUUGGAAAAGCAAAACCACUUCGAUCAUCAAUCUCCAAACCUUAUUAUUCUACAAUUCAAAACUCCAGUAUGUCUAUAGAUGAUCGUAUUUCAAAUGUUUUAAAUGAACAUGAUGAUCGAUAUAGUAAUUAUGAUGAUGAAAUUGAUGAGGAUUAUACCAAUCAUACAUAUUUGAAAUUUUUAAAUGGAGAAUAUGGAGAAGAAGAUGAGGUAGAGGAAGGUGUUUUGAAUGAUUAUGAUUAUGAAUACCAAGGAGGAAAUGAAACUGAUAGUGAUACCUAUAGAGAUGAAGGAGGUAAUAUAUUAAAUGGAUAUAAUGAAGGAUUUGUUUCUGGGGAUUUCGACCUUGAUGAAGAUGAUCCUGAAGAUUUAGAUUAUAUCCCCAUUGUUAAUCAUCAAAGAAAGGAAAUCAUUAAUGGUAACGGGACAAUGGAUGAAACAAAAUAUCAUGAUGCGAACAGUGAUGAAUAUGAAGAGGAAGAGGAAGAAGAAGAAGAAGAAUACUUGUCAGAAGAAGAUACACCGGUUGUAUUCGAUAGUAUAAAACAUGCAAAAUCUCAGAUAAGUAGAGGAUCUGAAAGUGUGGAGAAGCACAAGAACCCAACAUUUAAUUGGAAACUUGGUAUUGUGAUAGCAGUGUUAUCUUUUUUAAUCACAAUCGUUAUUGGGUAUGUAUCAGUCAAUGGGUUGGAUGGAAUAACACUACCGGAUUUUAGUUUUGUUGAACCCUUAAGAAUAGCCAAAUUAGAUGGAAGACUACAGCGAUUGGAACAAGAUUUGAAGAAGUCACAGAAUGAUAAGCACGAUAUUUUAUUACAAGUUCAAUAUGAAAUGAAUCAGUUGAAUGAAAAAAUUAAUGGGAAAUUAGAACAAUUAGGGAAAUCCAAUGACAUAAUACAAUUAAAGAAUAACAAGAUACAAAUUACACCUGAAUUCCAUCAAUUUUUAUAUAAUUUCAUUGACAAUUAUCAAAGUAGUUAUAUUGAUUCAAAACUAGAAGGAAUUGAAAAUUUAAAUGAUAUUAAUAGGUUAAGAGAAUAUGUUGAUACUAGUGUACAAAAUUCGGUUGAUUCAAUUAAACAAGAGAUAAGUUUAGAGUAUGAUGAAUUGAUGAAUAAUUUAACCGUUUCCAAUGGUAGUAUUGGAUCUCCUAACAACAACAAGAUUUGGCUUGAUUCCGUACUUGGUUUAAUCUCACGUGGAUCUACAUUAGUCAAUUAUGCAGAUUAUUCCAGUGGUUCCCGAAUUCUUGGAUUUUUAACUACCGUAAAUAAAGAGGAAAGUAGUACCGAUUACAAUGUAUUACAAAAGAUGAUUUAUGGUUGGUGGAUAUAUAAUGAAAGAAUGACUAAUGACAAGUAUAAUGCAAAUCAUGUUAUAUUAGAUGAUGACAUUUUCUGGAAAGGAGGUGAUGAGAUUGGAAUUAGAAUGAGUAGUUGUAUCAUUCCAACUGAUAUUAUUAUUGAAUGUGAAUGUGAACUGGAAAAGGAUCAAUAUGUAACCAUUGGAUUCAAACCAAGUACUAAAACUGGAUUUGAUAAAUUACCAUAUGGUAAAUUUAAUAAGGAUGCUAACAAGUAUACUACGAAAUUUAAAAAGAUAAGACAAGCCAAGAUUAAAUCAGGGAUAAAUCAUGUGAGAUUACCAAUUAGAUUUAUCAAUGAAAAAAUUGGUGGUAAAGAUGUUUAUUUUAAAUUUAACAAGAAUUUGGAUAUUAAUAAUAUUAAGAUUUAUGGCAUAAGUGAAGUAAAUGCCGUAAAGUAUCAAGAUAAAUUGAAUUUAUUGGUUGAAAAGUUUAAUGAAGCUAUAAAUGAAGAAGAACUGGUUGAGAAUCUUUCGGAAUCUAAUAGUCAUAAUAAGAAUCAUAUUACACAAAUUGAUUUAAAUGAUGAUAUUUAUCUUUAA